AUGGGUCUUUUAGAAUUGUGUGAGAAAUAUUUUGAUACAAAUAAUCUGUAUGAGGUUUUACAAAUAUCAGAAAAGUCUUCGGAUAAAGAAGUUAAGAAAGCCUACCACAAACUAUCACUUAAAGUUCAUCCUGAUCGAGUGAAAGACGAGGAAAAAUUAGAAGCAACAGAAAAAUUUAAAGUCCUUAGUAAUGUUCAUGCUAUAUUGAGUAAUAAAGAAAAAAGAGAUCUAUAUGAUCAAACUAAAAGUGUUGAUGAAGAAGAUUAUGAUGAUCUUAAUGCUAAGGAUUGGACUGUGUACUGGAGAAAUAUGUUCAAAAAGAUUACUGAGGAAGAUAUUAAAGCUUAUGAAAAAGAAUACAUAGGUUCAGAAGAGGAAAAGAAAGAUUUAAAAACUGCAUAUUUAGCUGGGAAGGGUGAUAUGGAUUAUAUUGUGGAUCAAGUACAGUUCGCUCGUUCAGAACAUGAACCUAGAAUACGUGGCAUUCUAAUGGAAAUGAUUGAACAAGGCGAGAUUCCCUCUUACAAGAUAUUUACCCAUGAACCGGCUAGAAAGAAGCAAAAACGUCACGCCAAAGAAAACCGGGAAGCUGAGGAAGCUGAAGAACUAAAAGAAUCAUUAGGAUUAAAUGCAGGUGGUGACAGUUUAGAACUCAUGAUACAAAAAAGACAGAACGAUAGAAAACAACAAAUGGAUUCAUUGAUAGACAACUUAGCCGCUAAAUAUGGCGGGAAAUCGAAAGCAACGAAACGAAAAGCCGGCGGCAAAUCUGAAGCAGGAGUUAAAAAUAAAAGAAAGAAGUGA